AUGUACCCAACACAAGUUCAGGAAAUCAACUCCUCCACGGUCACUGAGUUCCUUAUACUGGGAUUCCCGGCUCUGAAUGAUUACAAGUUGCCUUUCUUCUCCAUUAUUCUUCUCAUGUAUUCCAUGACUAUUUGUGAAAACUUCUUGAUCAUUUUUCUGGUCGUAACAAGCCAACAUCUCCGUUCUCCAAUGUAUUUCUUCCUUGGACAUUUGGCACUGUCAGACAUCGUCCUUGUGACAAGUGUUAUUCCUAAGAUGUUGGAUAUCAUUAUAAGAGAAGGGAUCAUGAUAUCUUAUGUUGAGUGUUUAACUCAAUCUUAUGUGUAUGGUGGAACUGUCAGUGCAGAGUGUUUUUUGCUCACAGCCAUGUCCUAUGACCGUUACUUGGCCACCUGUAGACCUCUGCAUUAUAUUUUAAUGAUGAGUGUCAAGGUUAGAUACAGCCUGAUCAUCUCAUCCUGGAUGCUCGGUUUUACAUUAAUGCUUAUCUCACUUUUACUUAUUUGUGGUUUAGACUUCUGUGGGCCGAAUGUUAUUGACCAUUUCUUUUGUGACUAUACCCCUCUGCUACAACUUUCUUGCUCAGAUACAGCCAUUCUUGACAUUGAACUGGUUGUCCUUUGUUUUCCAAUAAUUAUUUUGCCAUUUGUAUUCAUUAUUAUAACAUAUGUUCACAUUUUCAUCACUAUCUUUGGAAUUUCCUCCACCUCAGGCCGACAAAAGACUUUCUCCACUUGUAGUUCUCACUUGGUAGUUGUUUCUACCUAUUAUGGCUCCAUGCUCAUAAUUUACAUAGUUCCAUAUAGAGGACAUUCACUUACUGUUAACAAGUUUAUUUCCGUUGUCUACAUUGUACUAACCCCCCUUCUAAACCCUGUUAUAUACAGUCUGAGGAAUAAAGCCAUUCAGUCAUCCGUGAUGAAAUAUCUGAAUGUUUGUGGUAAGAACAGAAACUUGUAG